UGUGUGUGAAUAAACACUGACACACACCCACACAUACUUUACACACACACUCCAACUGACUGGAAGCUGUAUUUCCACAUUCCGCUCGGAGGGAGACACACCCUCAGACCAGGAGAGGUUCAGCCUGGACAGCUUGAUGGGAUGCAGGGAGGAGAAAGACGCUGCUGCCGUCGCUCCGGGUGACGUUGGAUCCUCACUCAAACCUCUACUGACAGAGAGCAACAGGGCUGCAGCAGACAUGCCAGUCACAGCCAAACACUGGACUCCUGAUCCCUAGUGACCCGUGUCACCAUGCCAACUCCCACGAUCCUCACAGCAACCAGGAGUCCUCAGAGAAGUUGUUAGGUUGGUUUACAACAUAAAGUGGAUCCCCUCCAGUGCUGAGAGAGAGAGAGAGAGACCGGGAGGCAGAGAUGGUUUGCCUGUGUGGUGUCCUGAUUGUUACGCUGCUGGUGAAGAUGGGACUUGUGGGUGGCUGUGUGUGUCCAGCAGCCACCAUUUUGUCCCAGUUUCCCUCUGACGUUCCUGCUGACGUCUGUUGCUUGAACUACUCUGGCUCUGCUUUCAGCCAUGUGCGCUGGUCUGUGUUUACCAAUGAGACAAACAUAGAGACACUGGAUCUCUCCUCCUGUAAUAUCACUUCUGUUCAUAUGAGUGGCAAAGACGUCUCGACGUUGCAGAAGGUUUACCUAAGCCGUAACAGACUAACAGCGUUGCCAAGGGAGUUUCUGGCCAACCAGCCCAGCCUGGUGGAGGUGGAUCUGAGAGAGAACCUGAUUGAGGAGCUUCCUGAGGGUUUUCUUCAGAACUCAAACAGCCUCCAGAAGCUGUAUCUGCAGGGAAACCAGCUCCGCCUCCUCCCAGGCUCUGUGCUGCAGAAGCCCAGUCUGCGAACCCUGGAGCUGGAUGGGAACCCCUGGGACUGCUCCUGUUUGUUACUGGAAGGCCUGGAGGAAGGCAAGAAGAUUAACAGGACCACUAAGCUGCAGGAUCUGGUGGGGAACUUGACCUGCGUGUCUCCCCGGCACCUGGCCAGCAGGAAUGUGUUGUCGGUGAGGCUUAGCGACGUGUGCCGCCCAGCUGGCCUCACCGCACUCUUCAUCGUGCUCCCUCUUCUCAUCCUCUCCGCCUUGGUGCUCUGCUUGUGCUGUGGGAGGAAGAAGAAGGAAGCUCCUGUGAGCACCUCAAAAAAGAGAGCUUCAAAGGCCAACAGCCAGAAGCAUCACAGCAAGCAGAAACCUGCAGCCACUGAGCCGAAGAAAGCUGGAAACUGUGAGGGGAUCCUGAAGAACCAGCUGCUGCUACGUCCAGCAUCCACCCUCCUGGGCAGCACCAGGGACAUCUAUGAAGAGGUGGAGAUUAAGCUGGGCUCAGUGGAGUCUCUCCCCCAAGCCUCCUCACACUGUUCCAGCUCCACAGAGGCGAGGCAGGGCCCCCAAGGGCCCCAAGGGGUCAGCAAGACAGACCUUGACUCAGUCAGCGUGACCGAGGUGAUGAAAGACUCAUCUGACAGGGAGAAGGCCUACAUGACCCAGUCCACUGAAUACUACAGCCUGGUGCCGGGUAUCGAACUGGAGGACUCGGACCACGGCGAGUAUGAGAACGUCAGCCUCUCGUGACACCAAGUUUUAUGAAUAGUUCAACAUUUUGGUAAAUACGCUUUUGUUUUCUUGACGAGAAUUCGAUGAGAAGAUCUGAACUGCUCACAUGUUUGUGUGUUAAAAGCCCUUUAAACGUAUUUUCUCAAUCAGCUUCUCAGUGUGAGUGAUGAGGUCUUACAUGAACACAAAAUGUUCUGCCGUUUUGGUUAAUUCACACGAGAGAUUUCUGUAUUUGUGUGUUUAUCUGUGCUCUUCUCACUGGUUUGAUCAACUUUGACUGUUAAACUACAAAAUAUAAGAAUGCUCUUUUACUUAAACUUUUAUUUUUGCUUAUGUAGUCAUAUAUAUCACAUGGUAUAGAGAUAUUUAAGUUUUGAAACCAAGUUUUCAGGGGCUUUAAGGGGCAGUGAAUUAGUUUAGCAUAAAGACUGGAAGCAGGGGGAAACAGCUGCCUGACUCUGUCCAAAGUUUAAAAAAAUACCUACUAACACCUCUAAAUGUCUUUUCAGACCAAACGCUUUUAUUAAAGGCCACGUAUCACAUAAUAAUAAACACACAAGCUAAAUAUGAUCCUGUCCAGUCAUAAAUGAUGAAAAUCAGUGCAGUAAGCUCAGCAUUUACACUCGUUACAAUAACAUGCGUCAUAGGAAAUGCAACCACAUUGUAACUUCUCUACACAGACCUGCACACUUGGAAUAAUAACAAGCCCGUUUCCAGUGCGUAGAGUUGAGUGUGGGUUUAUUAUAGUAAAAACAACUCAUGCAUCGAUGAUUGUGUGACGGUGCGAAACUUUAAUUUUUGAUGGAAUGCACGGAACGCAAAUAUUUGUGUCGGCCUUGGUGUGAAAGGUUUUGAAUGCAACAAAUCACGUCGUUUUAACAUAACUGUUAACAUGACAGUUUAUGGUUUUCAGGGGAUUUAUGUGAAGGGGGGGGGGGGAUUUAAAUUAAAUGCUGUUCGUCAGGAAGUAAAUCACACAUUACUUCCACAGUUUGUGUAUGGAUAAACUAAUUAGAUACAACCUGAGCUUUAAAGUUUGUAAAGUAAAGUUUAUCCGCCGCUCUUUUGCGAAAUAGGCAGUGCAAGACACUCGGUUAUGUAGUGACUACUUGCAGGGCUAGCGGUAGCUGGUGAGCUAAGUGCUAACAUAAAAACGCUAGCGCUAGUCACUCGGUGCCAUGCCAUUGUUCCCUACGACCCAUUAUUCCGAAACCCUAACAGUCUGAAAAAUGUCCCAUUGGACUGAAAGCCCAUUUUUCCGACAACCCAUUAUCCCGAAAACAGAUUCCCAUUGUUCCGAAGGCCCAUUACUCCAAAAAUACACCCUCUCCCUGCAACCAACAUGGAGGACAUGGAAGCACAUGGCUAAUUUAUUAUGCAGAAUGACAUUGUCUGAUCAAAGCAAAAUAGUUUUCUCUUUUUAGACACUGAUAUCUCAGUGGCUGAAUGGAUUUUUACCAUUCAAACUGCAUUUGAAACAUCCAUCUUCCUUCAUUUGUUUGCCAUUUGAACUGCAAAGGUAUCCCUAACCAAUCUCUUACAAUGUUUAUAUCAAGAACAUAGGACCCUGGGAUGAUAGGGAUGAACGGGGUAGCUGUUUCUUCCUGCUUCCAGUAUUUAUGCUAAACUAGGCUAAACUAAUCCUGGCUCCAGCUCCGUACUUAACUCACAAACAAGUUGUAUAUAUCUUCUCAUCUAACUCUCGGCAAGAAAGUGUAUUUCACCAAAAUGUCAAAUGAUUCCUUUAAAUGCACUAAAGAGAGACACUGUGUGUGUGUGUGUGUUACAGAAAAGGCCAGUUAGGCCUAUCUAUUGACACAGAGAGAGUGAUCCGACCACUGUGGUAUCACAAUGUAAGAGGAAGUGAUUUAAUCCGGAGCUUUUCCUGUGGGACCUGAGGAACGCAGUGACGGUUUGAAAGGGAGGCCCACUUUUUUCACUCUGGAAAAGACAUUUAUUCUAUAUAAUGUUGCACUCCAUGCAUAUGUUCACUUCAUGUGGAUUUCACAUCUUUAAACAAAGAACAGGACAUUUUUUAUUAAUGCUUACUUAUUCUAAGCCAAGUAAGCUUUUGUAGACUUUCCUUUACCUCCCCCAUGAGUGAUUGUUAUAUGCAUUCCAGUUUGACUUGUUACAUAUUAUACUACAUUCACAUUCACAAAUGUACGCGCUGAACAAUGACUAAUCCCAUUGUGACGCUCACAGUUAAUUCAUUGUGAAGUGUGGAAUGUACAGCUUAGGUGAGAAGUCUAAAUUUAUAUAUGUCCUUGUUAAGCACAGAUAAAAGUCUGGCUCAUGUUUUACGUCACAUGCUAAAAUGUGCAUAUAUGUUGGAAAAUGUCAGGGCGGUCAGAUCUAAAUGGAGGUGAGUGCUGGUCUGAGAUAUAAAUCUCUGUAGUGCUGGUUCAGUAAACCGAGAUGCAGAGCAUCUCUGUGCAGUAGUGCUACAGAAUAAUGACACUGGAGACACAAAAGACAUCCGGGUCAUCGUGCAGGAUGUUAUCUAAGAUGUGGAAAACAGACGUCUCUCUCUUACAUGAAUGCUAAUUGGUUGGUGAGACAGAGCGAGUGGGUGCAGCUAUAAGGGCGUGGAGCUUCCUGGAAUUUAGAACAACGGAGGUGUAUUUUCCAGAAGGGUUUUCACGUAUUUUCCAUCAAGGCUAUAUUUAUCGACGUAAUAAGGUUUAAUGCCAGAGGUCCUUAGGUCAAAUGAAAGACAGACAAAUGAGUGGAUGUUGUGUUUUGUAAUUUUAUACACAGAGAAAUCACAUCAAUUUAAUAAUAAACAGGAUUGUAGCCACUAGUCAGGUCACGUCAUAAGCUCUAUUAAUUUUUUCUAUCUCUAAUUAUUGUUGAUACGCCGGACAGACUGCACGUAAGCAUUUAACAGUGAUAACAGUGGCAGAUUUAGGGAUACAUAGUUAUUAAGCUGUGACUGUAUGGAGGACCACAAGAGUCACAGAAAUAGUAAUAAAGCAUUUCAUUAAUUAAUGACUGUACAAUAAAAAGAGGCAUUAAUACAUUUGUUUGCAAAUUAAGUUGUUAAGCUAUGAUUAAAUGGACUAAAUUAAAAAAGUAAUUAUUUUUUUUACAUUUUAAUGGGCAAUAAAAAGAGGAAUUAUACAAAUGA